AUGUUUUGUCUUGGUUCUGACGAUGAGGGCCAUCCCUGUGUCAAGCUUCAAGAAGUUGACUUUAUUCCUGCACUGUACAGAAUUAUUGAUGAGAUUUUGGUCAAUGCAGUGGACAAUCAUCAUAGAAAAGGAACUCAUACGAACGAAUUACGAGUACAGGUGGAUGAAAAUUCAAACUGGAUAGAAGUUUAUAAUAAUGGAAAAUCAAUACCUAUCACAAUACACCCAACCGAGAAAAUUUAUGUUCCUGAAUUAGUGUUUGGUUAUUUACUCACUGGUUCCAAUUUUAACGAUAAUGAAGUUAAAUUCACAGGUGGAAGAAAUGGAUAUGGAGCAAAAUUAGCAAAUAUAUUUAGUACUGAUUUUAUAAUUGAAAUUAGAGAUGCAAAAGGAUCCAUUUACAAACAGCAUUGGACAAAUAACAUGAGUACAUGUUCCACUCCUGAAAUUACGAAAGGUCAAGCUGGCAGCAAGAUGGAGCCAUAUAUCAAAGUUAGAUUUCAUCCUGACUUUGCAAAAUUCUCCAGUCAAGGAUUUAAAUACGAAAGUGGAUUUAUUGAUUUGAUUAAGAGAAGAAUGUUUGACUUAUCUGCUUGUAAUCCUAAAUUGCAAGUGUAUCUCAACGACUCGAAAAUCGAAGUGGACAGUUUCAAAGAGUACGUCAAACUUUUCUAUUCUGCUAAUAAGACUGUAGAGCAUCCAGAAAAGCUGUUCGUUCACAAACAUAUUGCUGAUGGAUGGGAAAUUGCUGUAGGAGCAGCCAUGGGAGAUGAAUUUUCUCAAUUCAGCUUUGUAAAUAGCAUUUCCACUAUUCAAGGAGGUUCUCAUGUCAACUACAUUUUGUAUCAGCUGUCUUCCAAAAUUUCAGAGUACAUUUCAAAGACAUACAGUGAUUUGCAAUUAACAAUUCCACCAGCUAUGGUCAAGAAUCAUCUCACUCUCUUUGUGAACUCCUUGAUAGAAAAUCCAACAUUUGACAGCCAGACUAAAGAGACGCUCACGACCAAAUCUAUUUCAUUCAGUCAGAAAAUUAACAUUUCCAAUGAUUUAAUAGCCCAAAUUGCAACUCACACACCAAUCAUAGAAAAUAUUAUUUCAUUUGCUCAAUACAAACAAUCGGCAAGAUCGAAAAAACCUAGAAAAAGGGAAUCCAAAUUAGCCAUUCCUAAACUCGAUGAUGCUAACCUUGCUGGAACCGAUAGAUCACUAGAAUGUAUUCUCAUAUUAACAGAGGGUGAUUCAGCAAAGGCGCUUGCAAUAUCAGGCCUGUCAGUUGUUGGACGAGACAGAUAUGGUGUCUUUCCUCUGAGAGGCAAAGUAUUAAAUGUGAGAGAAGCUUCAAUGGAACAAAUCAAAGAAAACCAAGAAGUGCAAUACCUGAAGAAAAUUUUAGGAUUGGAUGAUGUAUUGAAAACAGAUAGUUUUGAAGAUGUCAAGAGGAAAUUACGGUAUGGAAAAAUUAUGCUAAUGUGUGACCAAGACCAUGAUGGUUCACACAUCAAAGGUCUUUUGAUCAACAUGAUUCAUUACUUUUAUCCUCAAUUGUUGAAAAACAACUUUAUAGAUCAGUUUAUUACUCCUAUUGUGAAAGUUUCAAAAGGUGCUGACACCAAGUCUUUCUUCUCUUUGCCUGAAUUUGAAAAUUGGAAGAAUUCCCUUUCAGAAAAUGAGAGAGAAAAGUGGAAUCAAAAGUACUACAAAGGAUUGGGUACUAAUACCUCCAAAGAAGCAAAAGAAUAUUUUUCUAAUCUGAAAAAACAUAUGAUACAAAUGAAAUAUGACGAAAAGACAGAAGAAAAUAUCGAAAAAGCGUUUUCAAAGGAGCUCACAAAUGUUAGAAAAGUCUGGCUUGGCAAUUUUAAGGAAGGAACAUAUUUGGACACUUCAAAAGGCACUGUGACACUGAGUGAUUUCAUUGAUAAGGAACUCAUUUUGUUUUCCAAUCAAAACAAUAUCAGGUCAAUUCCAUCACUCAUUGAUGGCCUUAAACCUAGUCAAAGAAAGAUUUUAUUCUGUUGCCUUAAAAGAGAUUUAAAGAAUGAAAUUAAGGUUGCUCAGUUGGCCGGCUAUGUGAGCGAGCACAGCGCCUAUCAUCACGGAGAGCAAGCUUUGUACAAUACUAUUACGAGUAUGGCUCAAGACUUUGUUGGGUCUAAUAACAUUCCUCUCUUGUAUCCAAGUGGUCAAUUUGGUACAAGACUACAAGGAGGUGACGAUGCUGCAAGUGCCAGAUACAUCUUUACCAGACUUAAUAAGCUGACACGAAUGAUUUUAUGA